UACGCUAGUGUUCUCUUCUCUCAUUGGCUGACGGCUUGACGCUGUACGUGCGUAGGCGCUUCCUCAAGUUGACUAGCAGAAACAGCAAAAUAGAAGAUGUUGGUCCUGGUGUUAGGUGACCUGCACAUCCCCCACCGGUGCAACACCCUCCCAGCCAAGUUCAAAAAGCUGCUAGUCCCCGGGAAGAUCCAGCACAUUCUCUGCACAGGCAACCUCUGCACCAAGGAGAGCUAUGACUACCUGAAGACUCUCGCUGGAGACGUCCACAUAGUCCGAGGAGACUUUGACGAGAACUUGAACUACCCGGAGCAGAAGGUGGUGACAGUGGGCCAGUUUAAGAUCGGCCUCAUCCACGGCCACCAGGUGAUUCCUUGGGGUGACAUGGCCAGUCUGGCGCUGCUCCAGAGACAGCUGGAUGUGGACAUCCUCAUCUCCGGGCACACACACAAAUUUGAGGCAUUCGAGAAUGAAAACAAGUUCUACAUCAACCCAGGCUCUGCUACAGGAGCCUACAGCGCACUGGAAUGCAACAUCAUCCCCUCUUUUGUACUAAUGGACAUCCAGGCGUCUACAGUGGUGACGUACGUUUAUCAGCUGAUUGGUGACGACGUCAAGGUGGAGAGAAUCGAGUACAAGAAAUCCUAAAGGAAGGCGUGCGGAGGAGGAGGGGGAAGGGGAGAGGGAGAGUUGGGUUAGCGUGGCUCAGUGUAUCAUUUCAUUCCUUACCACCAGGGGGCAGCAGCUGCCCUGAAGUCACCAACAAAUGUUAAUGCUGUAACAAACUGUUCAGUAACUUAACUCUAAAAGACCUGUGUAUUAUAUUGUUUAUAUGUCAUCAGCAGUUGCUUGAAUCCAAGCUGUCAUUUGGUAACUGUAGAGAAUGCAAUAAUGUCACAUGUAUGUGUUAUCAAAAAAAGAUAUUUGGUGCCAUUUUCUUUCUUUUUCUUUCCUUUCUUUUUGUUAUGUCUGCCCUCGUCAUGUCAUGUACAUGUAACAACCUUUAGGCCUUUAGCUUCACGUAGUCGGCCUUUUUUCAUUCAUUUUGCCCCACAAUAAAAAUCAAAUUUCACUCCACAA